AUGCCCGGUGGCGCUGAUCUGGGAUAUUGCAAAGCUCUCGACGGGUCUGGGACUCGAAUUCUAAAACAAUAUGUCCGUCGAGGGGGGAAGUAUCUUGGUUUUUGUGCUGGAGCCUACUUCGCCUGUGCAGACAUCGAGUUUGAAAAGGGAGACCCAUCCCUAGAGGUUACGGGAUCGAGAGAGCUUGGAUUUUUCCCUGGGCUCUGUCGGGGGGCAGCAUUCAAAGGGUUUAAAUACAAUAGCGAAGCUGGUGCUCGCUUCUGCAAGCUGGAUACGACCAGUAAGCUUUUGGAUAUGGGCGCGCCGGAUAAUUUCAAGAGCUAUUUCAACGGAGGAGGCGUUUUCACCGAUUCCGACCUCUUGAUGAAUCGAGGGAUUGAGACCCUAGCCCGGUACCGGGAUAAGCUCGACAUCAGCGAGGAGGGAGGGAACGCUGCGGCUGUGGGGUGUCAGGUUGGUGCCGGCUAUGCCAUAUUAGUUGGGGCCCAUCCAGAGUUCGUCACAGGAACGCCAAAACAAUUAUCAUCCAUAAUACAAGGGGGAAGGAAUGGUAUCCCAGACGAAUGGGGAUCAAAUGAAAAACGGCGGCUGAUGUUUAUGUCAGCAAUAUUUAAACUCCUUGGGCUCAAAAGCAACAGCAGUACAGAGUUGAAAUCACCUCCUUUGUCAGACCUUCACCUUUCAGGAUUAAAUCCUGGGGAAGUUUCCGACCUCCUGAAGACUUUGGGAAUCCUGAGGAAUACGAAUGGGAGUGAAGCUAACCCCACGGUUAUUGAAGCGGAAAACACCACAUUUCUAUUCGAGGAUGGAGGCAUCACAGCACACAAAUCGAUGCUCGAGAGCUUUGUGGGUGACAGUUCCAUGACCACUCGUGUAAAAACAUACGAGAAAGCCCCUCCUUUACAUGAAAAAACCCCAUAUUUCAACAUCUCAACCUACUUCCAACAUUUAAGAAGCUACCAAGAUCAACCAGCCAAGAAGAUCAGCUACGGAUCAAUUCUCCUUUAUGGCGAGCUCAUGACGAGCACAAACUCCAUCAUUGACAAAAACUUCAAACUCCUCCAGAAACUGCCAUCCGGCUUCACAGUGGUCGCAACGACACAGACAGCGGCUCGGGGACGUGGCUCUAACCCGUGGAUCUCGCCUCUAGGCGGGUUGGUUUUCUCAGUAGUCGUGCGGCACAAUAUCAAACAUGCUUUAAAAGCGCCAGUUGUAUUCAUUCAAUACCUGGUUGCCCUGUCCAUUGUAAAGUCGAUAAAAUAUUAUGAUACUGGUUAUGAUAAAAUUCCCAUCUAUAUAAAAUGGCCAAACGACAUUUAUGCUAGAGCCAAAAGUAAUAUGCUGGGCAAGCCGGAUAACAAGAGUGAUUUUUCCAAAAUCGGGGGUAUCUUGGUGAAUGCGAAUUUUUCCAGUGAUGAAUUUUUCUUGGUGAUAGGAUGUGGCAUAAACGUUACGAACACGAUGCCUACGACUUCGCUCAAGAUACUUGCGGAAUCUGUGGAUCCUCCACUUCCUGCAUACGAACAUGAAAGGCUCCUAGCAAAAAUAAUGGUCACAUUUGAGCUCCAUUACGCAAGAUUCCUCAAGGAAGGGUUCCAGGCUUUUGAACAAGAGUACUAUAAAUACUGGCUUCACAGCGAUCAAGUCGUGAAUCUCGAAGACAGCCACAACUCUAAGGCGUGUAUACAAGGGAUAUCCAUGGACGAUGGGAUGCUUGUGGUUUCGGAGCUUAAUGAGCAUAACGUGCGUACAGGAAAGCAAUUCAAAUUACAAGCAGAUGGAAAUAGUUUCGAUUUUUUCAACGGACUCCUCCGGAAAAAAAAAUAA